CAGUUUAAUAUAUGUACAGACAACAAUCCCAGCAUCAGCCAUGAGUCACAACCACAGUAUGAUGACAACAGCGAGCAACAUGAAUCAUGACCACAUGAAUCACAACCCAGGCAUGCACAUGGACAUGAACGAUACUAGUGGCUGUGACAGCAUGGGCAUGAUGAUGUACUUUCAUGAGGGCAACUGUGAGUAUGUCCUGUUUGAGGGACUGCAUGUGACCACAGCGGGAGGCAUGGUCGGUGCGUGUUUUGCCAUAUUUGCCCUGGGCGUGCUUUAUGAGGGGCUGAAGGUGUUGCGGGAAACGUUGCUGCAGCGUGCCAUGGUCAGCAAGUAUGCAAGCAGCGCCAACGGAGGUUCACAGGAUGCCAUGGUUAUCAACAACAAAAAUGUUGGCAUCCACAUGAUGAGUGGCAGCCACUUCCUCCAGACACUGCUGCACAUGAUCCAGGUGUUCAUCAGCUACUGCCUCAUGCUCAUCUUCAUGACCUACAAUGUCUGGUUGUGCCUCUCUGUCAUACUCGGUGCUGGCGUAGGCUACUUCCUGUUUGGCUGGCGCAAAGCCAUUGUCGUCGAUAUCAACGAACACUGCCACUAGUGACUUGCAGCCUUCACUUGCCACUCCUGCAGUUUUUGAGUAUUUUUUUAUGUAUGAAAAUGGUUCUGAACAAAGUGAUAUUAAUAUUUUACUGUUGAUUUUAAUAAAGAAAGUACAUAAUGAAUGGAUUUAACAUAUUCAAUAAUCAGAAUUCAAGCAUUCAUUGUAUAUUAUGCGAUUUCAUAUUUUUAUAAUGAUUGUAAUAUAUUUCUUUGAAGCUGUACUUUAUAAUUUGCUAAAUCUGCAGUUAAUUAAAGAAUUAAUAAUUAUUUCAAUGCCCCCAGUAUCUACAGGUAAUAGGAGGCAUUUAGCAAUUGGCCUGUCCCUUCGUUUGUUCGUUGCUUGUUCUUCUGUCAGUCGGAAGUGAACCAAAAGUGGUGUACUUACAUGGAUGAUGUCUGUGAACACUAUCAACACACACAUCACCUGUUCUCAUCUUUACCUUGACAAUGCCUUAUUUAUGACUUUGCCUCAUGCACAGGUUCAAUAUUCUUGCGUUAUCCAAAAAGAAACUUGUUGUCUAACAUAAAUAAUGCUUUCUACAAAGCUUGGAUUGUUGCAUGGAUGUUAUUUAUGAACUCGCUUAACACACACUUAUCACCUAACCUAGACCUCGACAUUAACCUAUAUUUGGACUGAUUCAAAUAGGCCAAUGGUCAAUUAUGACAAGGCUUCCACCCAGGGCUUAUGCAUUCAUUGCACCCAGCAUCUUGCUUAUAUGUUGGGUCCCACUGUUGUAUUUUGUGAUUACCUAUUAUCAGCAUGUAAGCACUCCUACACUACAAAACAUGCACCAUUCAAACCUACAUGAAUUGUUUGUUAUGAUAUGAAGUUGUGCAGGGGCAAUGUCUAUUAUCCUACGUUAAAAAUUGUGAAAGUUUUGAACCUCUGUCAACUUUGGAUUUCAUAACAAUAUUAUUACCAUUUGCUAUGUAUUAUGAAAUGAGGCGUUGACAACUUUUGUCACUUCUGUAGCAAGGUCUAUGUAAUAAUUGAUGUAAUUUAACCAUUCAUAUAACUGUAUUCACAUUAAAACUUGUUUAUUAUUUAGUUUACCCUCCAGUGCACAGUGUAUGUAGAGCUACCCUCCAGUGCACAGUGUAUGUAGAGCUACCCUCCAGUGCACAGUGUAUGUAGAGCAACAUGUUGAUAGCAUACUGGUAUAUUUUAAGAUUAUUGAGUUUGGCAAAAAUGUUCAUGAGGGUUUUGUGUAUGAUAAAUAUCCACAUUCCAAUGCACACACAUGUGUGUUGAUUAUAACAAACAUUAAUUUUGAUGUUGAUUUUAAAUGUUUUUAAAUUAAAGUUUCAAUUAUGUAAAAACAGUGAGAUGACUGUGUAGUGUUAAAAUGUUUUAUAUUUUAUUUAACAGUACGUUCUGACUGUUCCAGACAUAUUAAAAUAUUUCUCUAAUGCUAUGGAGCAACCUUUUAUUGUAAUGGGUCCUGAACGUGAACUGGAGCGUAAACAUUUCAAUCUGUCCAUGGUACCAUGUAUGAACAUAAUACCAUGUGCAAUGUUUCAUGUCUGUGUAAGCUGACACUCUAUUUGUCAAAUAAUGGACAGCAUAAUAGUAUGAUCCUAGCUCUGGAAGGACCAAGCUUAAUGCAUGUGUGUCUGGUGUGUCCUGAUCCUAGCUCUGAAAGGACCAAGCUUAAUGCAUGUGUGUCUAGUGUGUCCAUGGACAGUAUAGUAUGAUACUAGCUCUGGAAGGACCAAGCUUAAUGCAUGUGUGUCUGGUGUGUCCAAGAUUAGCAUGGACUGAAUUUUCUGGACUUCCUUAAACAAAAUUUCCAUAAAAGCAUAGUGUCAUCCCUGAUCAGCCUAUGCCUGGGAUGACACUAAACGCACCUGCAGUAAGCCUGGAUUUCCCAGCCUAUGCCUGGGAUGACACUAAACGCACCUGCAGUAAGCCUGGAUUUUCCAGCCUAUGCCUGGGAUGACACUAAACGCACCUGCAGUAAGCCUGGAUUUCCCAGCCUAUGCCUAGGAUGACACUAAACGCACCUGCAGUAAGCCUGGAUUUCCCAGCCUAUGCCUGGGAUGACACUAAACGCACCUGCAGUAAGCCUGGAUUUCCCAGCCUAUGCCUGGGAUGACACUAAACGCACAUGCAGUAAGCCUGGAUUUCCCAGAGUGAGGCUUAUACAGAUUUUCUAUGGUUGAAAUGCUUGUGAACAAGGUUGUUAUAUCUUGUUUGUUGUAGAUCUAUCAAAUCUGUUGUACACACAGGUAAUGUUACCAUGUAUAUCCUGUUUUAAACUUUACUUGUAUAGACAUGUGAAUUUUUUAUUAGGAAACAUGAUAUCACUCUUUUAUAUAUUUACCUUGAAGAGAACUUGAUAGGCAAUUGUUGUUGUUGUUGUUUUUAUAUAAAUAUAAAUUCAUUAAUUAAAGAAAAAAAUGGAAAUGAAUAUUUAUAUAGGUUUGUUUAUAUAUUGUUGUAUUGUUUUAUAAGGAGGCAAGAAAAGUUUAUAUUAAGUCUAAAAGUUAACAUAAUCCUUAUGUAAUAAAUUAAUAUUACAUUAUGCUCUGUAUAAUUGCUAAUAUUAUAAAUUAUAUUUUGUUAAAAUCUUUUAUACUUGCAAAAAUAUGAUAUUUUCAAACGCUAAGUGGAACACAUUUUUGUCUGCGAAUCAUGUUUAAUAAAGCUGACAGGGUACUCAGUUUAUUGUUUUGAUAUUGUUUAAACCUCAACGCUGUUCUUGGGUUUGGUGAGGUAAUGGGAAGUGUUGGUGGGCUCAUAGUAUCAGUAUCAUAGUGUUGGUAGUCCCAGAUCAGCAUAAUAUAACAUAGAACUGUUGUGCAUACUGUAGCUUGUAAGACUUGAUCACAUCAUUCUUCUGUGCUUGUUAAAUCAUGGAUGAUUUUCAUCAUAUAUGCUUGUCUAUUUUACACUUCACAAUGCAGGAAACAUGUUCAAGUGAUGUCAGUUGUUUGUGACGUCAAGUACGACAGAGGCUACAGAUUUCGAAGAUUUUCUGUAUUUUUCAUCAUCAGAUUUAAACAUCCCAAAAUCUGUUAACCCUUUGCAUGCUGGGAAAUGUGUCGUCUGCUGAAAUGUCAUCUGCUGUAUUUCUAAAAUUAGCAUUUUCUUCGAUUUUUUUCAAAGCAUACUAUCAGAAUAGCAAACAGUUUCUCAUCUGGAUCCAAACUGUUUGCAAAGGCCUUCAAAAUUCGGUUCCAUCACUGAAAGAGUUAAGUUCAUUUGGGUCUGCAGUCAGUGACCGAAAAUCGUUGGUCUUUUUGUUGGUUGAAUGGUAUACAGUUCUGCAUAUUCCAGCUGCAACAUUUAAGAAAGAUAAAAAAAAAUGUACAAAUUUUGAAGUUGUACUUAAAUUUUGUUUAAUGUUAUUUUUGUAAAUUGUGUCUUGUUCUGAGAAAACUGGGCAUAAUGCAUGUGCGUAAAGUGUCGUCCCACAGGCUAAUCAGGGACGACACUUUCCGUUUAAAGUAGAUUUUCAGUAAAAAGGAACUUCCUUUAAACGAAAAAUACCAUUAAAGCACAAAGUGUUGUCCCUGAUUAGCCUGUGCGAACUGCACAGGCUAAUCUGGGACGACACUUUACGCACAUGCAUUUUGCCCAAUUUUCACAGAACAAGACACAAUUUAUCAACUGCCCAACUAGAUGAUUGAUGUCAAGUCCUACAUAUAUGUUGUACUGGGAUUUACAUGCAAUUAUUAACUAAGCCUUUGGUUAAUAAGAAAUAGUAAACCACUGAACAUACAUGAUUUAUUUUUGUAUUUGGUAACAGCAUUGAAACACAUUUUGACUGGGAAAAAACAUGCAUGCCUCAUUGUAUAUACAUGUAAAUGUAUCUGGUCAGUUAUAUAUUGUAAAAAAAAAAUGAUCCUUUGUGAAAUCUUUAUUGUUGACAAUUUUAUGUAUUGAAUGAAUAUUGAAUGUUUAAAAGAUAUGUUUUUAUCAUACCUCUACGUCUGAUUAUAAAAAAAGAUUUGUGUUUA